GCAAGUCAGAAGGUCACAAGGCUUGCAGGGUAGCUGAGACAACCCGAAACUGCGGGGGCCCCCUUUACAAAGAAAGAAUAAAAUGGGAGAGAAUGAAGCUGGUUUACCUAACAUGUCUUUGCAAGGUAAAAAGAUGGCUUAUCAGAAGGUCAAUGCAGAUUUAAGAGCCUCAGGACACUCACAGUACUUAGACAAUGAUGACAUCCAAGCCACUGCCCUUGAUUUAGAGUGGGAUAUGGAGAAGGAGCUGGAAGAGCCUGGCUUUGACCAGUUCCAACCAGAUAAUGCUGAGACUCAGAACUUGGGCCAUUCAGAAACUUUAGACCUCCAUCUUGAUUCUAUUCAACCAGCAAGUUCACCCAAAGGAAGGUUCCAGAGACUUCAAGAAGAGUCUGACUACGUUGCCCACUACACAAGGUCUGCACCCAAGAGCAACCGCUGCAACUUUUGCUACCUUUUAAAAAUAAUUUGCAUAGGCACCAUUCUAUUUAGUUUUGGAAUUCUAAUAGGUUAUUAUGCACACAUGAAUUGCCCUUCUGAUGCCACACCAUCACGAACAAAUGACCCUCAGUUAUACCAGGAUAUUCUCAAGACGAUCGAAGCAGAAGAUAUUAAGAAAUCUUUCAGAACUUGGGUACAACUCUAUAAAAGUGAAGAUGACCUGGAGAUUUCAAAGAAGAUUAAGACUCACUGGACUGCAUUGGGCUUGGAAGAUACACAGUUGAUGAACUACUCAGUGUUGCUGGAUUUCCCUGGGUCCUCUCCAGGCACCAUCACUGUGAGCAGCACUGGCCAGUGCUUUUAUCCUGAUGGCCAACCUUGCGGGGAAGAAGCCAGAAGAGGCCAUAGCCAAGAUCUGCUCUCCUCAUAUGCAGCCUAUUCUGCCAAAGGAACUCUCCAGGCUGACGUCAUCGACGUGAGUUAUGGAACUGCAGAUGAUUUAAAAAGGAUCACACAAUUUAAAAAUACAACAAAUCAAAUUGCACUCCUGAAAUUAGGAAAAUUACCACUGCUGUAUAAGAUUUCCUUAUUGGAAAAGGCUGGCUUUGGAGGUGCUCUUCUCUACACUGAUCCUUGUGAUAUACCAAAGUCUGGAGAGCUUAGCUCUGAGACCUUUAUGGUGACACUGAAUCCAGGAGGAGACCCUUCUACACCUGGGUACCCCAGUCUUGAUGGAAGCUUUAGACAGAACCGACCAAACCUCACCUCUCUGUUAGUGCAGCCCAUCUCGGUAUCCUUUGCUAAAAAACUCAUUCCUCUGCCAAAACUGAGGCUGGAUGAUGAUGCCUGUCGCCCUCUAGAACUUCCACAUAAUGAAAAAAGAACUGUCCGUUUGCAAGUUCAUACAGUCACAAAAUUUAAAACAGUGACUAAUGUUGUUGGUUAUCUAAAAGGCUUGACAUCACCAGACCGGUAUAUUAUAGUUGGCAGUAACCACCAUGUUGGACACAGUUAUAAUGGACACGAAUGGGCCAGCAGUACUGCAAUAAUCACUGCGUUUAUCCAAGCCUUGAUGUUACGAGUGAGGAAAGGAUGGAGACCAGAACGCACUAUUGUUUUCUGUUCAUGGGGAGGAACGACUUGGGGCAAUAUUGGCUCCUAUGAAUGGGGAGAGGAUUUCGCGAAGAUUCUACAAAAGAAUGCUGUGGCUUACGUUAGCCUCCAUAGUCCGGUCCGCGGCAACACCAGUCUGCAUCCAGUAGCAUCUCCGUCUCUCCAGCAACUGGUUCUAGAGAAGAAUAAAUUCAACUGUACUAGAAAAGCUCAGUGCCCAGGAACCAAUGUCAGCUCUGUACAGAUACAAGGUGAUGCUGAUUAUUUCAUCAACCAUCUUGGAGUUCCAACUGUGCAGUUUGCCUAUGAGGACAUCAAAGCAUUAGAGAGUCCAAGUUUUCUCUCUGAAGCCAUUUUUCCUAAACAUGCAACAAAAAUUGAAGAAGUCGAUCCAUCUUUCAAGCUCCAUGAAGUCAUUACUAAGCUCUCAGGAGAAGUAAUUCUACAAAUUGCCAGUGAACCUGUUCUGCCCUUCAGUGCCCUUGAUAUAGCCUUAGGAGUUCAAAACAGCCUUAAAGGUGAUGAGCCCAGUGUCCCUCACCUGCUUGCCAUGGCAGCACGCCUGAGGGAAAGUGCUGAACUCUUCCAGUCAGAUGAGAUGCGGCCUGCUAAUGACCCACAGGAGAGAGCUCCUAGCCGUGUCCGAAUGCUGAAUGACAUCCUUCAAGACCUGGAGAAGAACUUCCUGGUUGAGCAAGUGCCACCAGGUUUUUAUAGAAACAUCCUGUACCAUCUUGAUGGGAAGACAAGCCAGUUUUCCAUCCUCAAGGAAGCUUGGGAGCAGUGCAGUCCACUGGCAUCAAAUGAGACCUUUCAAGAGGCCAUAUCAGAUGUGCUGAAUAGCAUUAAUUCAGCUCAGGUUUCUUUCAAAGCAGGAUUGGAUGUGUUUGAGAGUAUCUUGGUUGAAAAGAACUGAGAAAAUACUCAGCAUUUUAAAGUUUGUUUACAAGUAUACAAGCUAAAGCUCUAAUUUGGCCAGGUACUGUGUGUGUGUGUGUGUGUGUGUGUGUGUGUGUGUGUGUGUGUGUGUGUGUUUGUGUAUGUGUGUGUGUGUGAUAUCGAAGACUUUCCCCCAAGUUUAAAGCUAUUAUAUGGCAUAUUUUUAAAUGUACAUAAGAAAGAACAUUUUGCACAUUUUAAAUAUUUUCUUAUAUCCAAAUUUUAGUAUGUAACAGCAAUUACUGAAAUAAUACCUAAUAUUUAUCUAUUAAAGAGAAAUAUGCUGUAUUUUUAUAAAUAAAAAUCUUGGGAGGGGGUUAAGAUGUUCUUGGAAACAUCAUUGCUGUAGGCAGAAUGUGGAAGAAUGCCAGAAUUCUCUCUGAUAAAAUCUCGAGUGACUGAGUUCCUAUGUUAGACAUGGAAACCUGAUAAUGUUUCAGACAACUUUUCAAGUAACUGUUCAAUAUGAAGAAGUAAUGCAUUUUGAAUGAGUGAUUGAUGCCCAGAACCAUUUUGAAUGUUUCUAUUUUAUGAAAUGAAGUUCCUCUUCUUGACACAACUAGAUGUAGUGACUCACUGGUUAUGAAGUUGUAUUUUAUAAGUACUAAUGAAAAAAGAGCCAUAAACAUUCCAGGGGAAAAACUCCUAAAAAACUGGAUAGAGCAAUUUAAAUGCAAAUUCUUCCUAAGGUGACAAGUUUUGAAAACCUCAAAUUGCCUCAGUUGAUGCUACUUGAACCUCAGCAGUGAUGUAAAUUUGACCAGGGAGAGCACAUUCCUUUUUCACUUCUGUUGUUUCCGAUGGAGUGACAGAACAGGGAAUAGGCUAAAGGAGAGCAUCUCAUAUGGCUGCCUCCCCCUUAUAUCUUCCCACAACCCCUUGCUGUAAAGUGGUUUUAACAGAGCACUGUAUAACUACAAUGGAAAAAUGGCACAAUUUGUCUUUGAAAAUCCAAAAUAUCAUCCAAUAUAUCUAAAUGUUGUUUUAUAUUACGGCAAAACAAACUCUACUAUAAAAGAGAUGUUUAUUCUUAUCAACAAAUUCUCCAAAUACAGGAAGAAAGUUUACCAUUUUCCCCUUUGUUUUCCUUCAUAGUGGCUAAGGUGAAAACAGUAAAUCGGCAUGCCACUAGGCUAUCAAAAUGGAGUGCUUUAGAGCCUUUGUCGGCCACAAUCCUUUCAUGUAGGAGACGGACUUCAUUGUCCUUCAAUAGCACCACAGUCCAUAGUCCCUUCAAACUAAAAAAUUCUUCCUAGUGAUGGACAAGAAAAACUUUUACCCUACUUUUUAAACAUAUUUGUUCAAAAAAUAUGUUUCUUAUGUUGAGUAAUGCAGUUUUCCUUUGAGAAUAGAUUACCAGAAUAUUUCUUAGGGCAUUUCCUACCAAUUUCAACCCUGAAACAAUUGGCACUACAUGGCCAGGGGAAUGCUGUGGCUAUCCCUAUGUGUCUAGGAUUUUACUUUUUUUGGAUGAACAUAAAAGUAAGGUUAGUUAAAAAGAAAGCUAGAGUUGAGAGAAAAGAUUUAAUCAUCAUUGACUAAGUUAUAAGAGGUAGCUCUUCCCAACAUUAGUAAUAGUUUUAGGCUCAAACCACAGAACCGGGCCAAUUAGCUAGAUAAUUCAUGCAGAAACACAUAUUCAUCUGAAGUGCCUAUGUACAUACAUUUUCAUACGAGAAAUGAAACUACCUUGUACUAUUUUUGAUGUACUUACUUAAUGUAAUUAUUUGAAUCAUGCUUGUUUGAGAAUGUUUGCCAUAUUGCUGACUGUGUGUGGGAAGGCCCCACAAGGGUCCUGCUUCUUGCUCAUCGUCUGCAGAGAUGACCAGAAAAAGAGUGACAGAAUGCUCACACUGCCUGAGAGUCAAGCGUAUUCAUCACUGAAUCCAAGGUCAUGUAGCUAUUUGUGUGGAGCUGAAUUUAAAACAAAAAAUGAUAAAAUAUCUUUCAUUUGGUAGAUUAUCAUCUUAGAUCAAAACUCUAAAUUGUUUUAGUACAAUAAUUCAAAAAAAUCAUGGAGAACAGACAGUCUUCUAGAUUUUUUUAAUGACUCUGUUCAUAGGUAAAUCUAUUCACAUAUGAAUCCUAUAUUCCUUCCUUCUAAAUUUAUUGAAUUUGCUCUUUGAAUCCUACAGUUAACCCUUUACUGGCAUAUUUUAUUAGAUCAGUUAAAAGAUCAUAUAAAAAGAUUAAAUUACAUUUAAAAUAGAUGUCUAUGAAUUCUACAGAUUCUGCCCCACAUGUUGAUUAUAGCGGAACUCUGAGCUAUGUGUCAUAGUAUCACAGCUAUGACAUGCUUACCUCAAAACUUUUUCAGAUACAUAGCAUGUUAACUUUCCUCAGAACUCCUAAGUGAAUAUAGUACUGAGCAAGGUAAUGAUGGGUGGUAUGAAAACCAGUAGUAUUUUCAAAUUGAUACUGAGACUUCUAGGUAUCAAAUAUUUCUCAAAGUACUUCAUAUAGAAUUGGUCCCAGGAGGUAACAAAUCAUAGACAAUCCAUUGCCAAGAAAAUGUGGACAAUAUGUGCUGUGAAUUUGUGUCCAACAGGAUAUCUAGGGAUAUUGCCCCAGGGCUAGAGACAAAAGGGAGCCUCAGUGACAGUCAAGACUAAGGUCGAGGAUACUACCUUUAAUCAUAAAAUCACCACUAUCCCAAUCUGAUGCAGUAGUACCUGAAGACAGAUGAUGGAGAAACAUGCACAUAGGCAUUCAUUCUGAGAGUGACUAAUGCUGCUUAGAUUUUCAGCUUCUUGACCUUCUUGCCCAGUGCUCAUUGCCUGCUCUCCCAGAAGAAUUACAAAUGAACUUUCCAGUGAAUUCUUUGUAACCAGCCACCAAGUCAGAUGCUGCUGUGGGCUGGGAACACGAUUUUAAUGCCAAGAAAACUCACACUUUGGUCGUACUUGACAAAAUGUUCCCAGGCAAUCUGGCCCAAGAAUAUGAAGUCUGAGGAGUGACUCUAUAUGACACCAGAAGUCAGGAUGGAGGAUCCUGAAUGAAAAGUUAUUAUAGAGACCUGUUAGCUGGGAACAUCAACAGUAUAAAUCAGUGUUUUUGAAAUGUGAAAUCUGAGGAAAGAGCUUUUAGAAUAUCUAUUCUCAGAUUCAAUAUUAUCUAUUUUAAUAAUUUCUAAUCUGUAUCAAUCCUGUAUUCUGAUUAAAAAAAAACAGCUCUUGAAAGCCUAUGAAAAUAUAACAAAGUCAAAAUCCCAAAGAUUUUGAGAAUGCCAUCAUUAAAACCCCAAAAUGAGUGGCUGGCGAGACACCUCAGCAGACAGGAGCACUGGUAAUCCAGUCAUGACGACCUGAACUCAGUUUCUAGCACUUACUGCAGGCAGCUCAUACUCCAGCACUAAGGGAUCCAUUGCUCCCUCCUGACCUGCAGAGGCGUUGUGUACAUAUUCACACAUGAAGAAAAGAAGCCCUCAACCAAACUGUAAUAAUAUCAAAGAUGACCUGUUUUAUCAGUAAGAGAAGCCAUGUGUAUCCAACAUCUAUGCCAGCCAUGGCAGACACUGGUCUAGACAUGGUUCACUUUUGUUUUUCUUUUUCUGGUUGACUGUAUACAGCAACUCAUUUAAGAAGGAAAAAACAAGUUUAAUGAGACAUGUUUAGAAUGUUGUAUUGUCUUUUUCUUCUCAGAGGGACCCUGUAAUGCCAAUGUGGCAUUCCUUACACCAGACACUGCAGGAAACACAGUUCUUUUGAUUUGAAAACAUAAUGUGAUGUAACAUUUUGAUAGGAGCUUUCUAUAUAUGACCAGCCUUAGCUAGUUCAUCAAUAGCCUUGGCUAGCAGCAACUUCAACAUAAUUGCAAAAAACCUAAAAAGUACCAUACAUAUUCCCCAGUGACUGUAGCCCUCCUAAAUAAUGGAGUGCCUGUUUAAGUUUGAAGCAUUUAGAAACCUUGAAAACUAAGUACCCAAUUAUAUACUAUCAAGACAACUAGACUUCAAGUUAUCAUUCCAAACCAGAAUCCAUUAAUCUCAUAAUAUCCUCCUCCAAAUGUCUGUACAAUUCACUGAGAAAACAACGAGUGUGUUCAUACAGGACUGGGCCUAUGUAUCAAAUUUCAAAACUACAAUCAACUUCUUAAAUACAUAGCAUGUAAAAGUUUUGUUUGCUGGAAAGAUAAGUAUCACACAAAUGAAAUAUCUGUUAAUAUCUUAUUAGUGAUGAGUCAGCACCUUGCUUCAAAUUAAAAAAAAAUUAGUAUUUGCAGGAUAAAUUGGUAGACUUAGCCAAUAAUGUUCUCCUAAGACACUCUAUACUAUGUGUAAUUAAUUUCUGCAAGAAUUAAGUCUUCUCUGAUGAUUACAUUUUGGCAUCUCAUUGGUUUAAUGUAUUACUGAGGUGUGCCUUAGCCAUACAUUUGCUUAAUAGAAAGGAAUUUCUUUAAACUAUCUAUACAUGUGCUAAGUGGAAGGGAAAUGGUGUUGCAUAUUCUAAUAAAUUCCUUUCCAGCAUGUUUCAAAACAGGACUUAGAAUUCAGCCUAGGGAUGGGAAAACAAGCACAUGGUAUUUGCCUAGCUAUGCUAGCAAAUUCAAAUCUGUUCCAUGAGUUUCAUUUACUUACUUAAAAAUGGCUCAUUAGAGUUUGCUAUUCUGAAAUCUGAAAAAGGGUUGCAGAGUCCAAAGUACCCUAUUGAGUGUGAAUGCCUUUCAGCUGAAUGGAUUUGUUUUAUUGAAUUUUGAAUGUGAAGUAACAUAAGUUUGAAGAAUUACAAACUAUAAUGUAGAAUGUUGCUGGUCAUCACCAUGUCUACUCAGAAAUAUGUUGUGUUUUCUUUCUAGAUAAACUCUAGAAAUGGUAUUCGGCAUCCCCUUUUUGAAGUAGUGGUUUUAGGAUUCAUCUAUUCAACAUAAGUGUAUCUGUUAACCACCCAGAGUUUUCAUUCCAUAAUACCUUUCUAUUACCCUCCAAAGAUGUACAGUAAAAGUGCCUUUAGCAUGAAGAGAUUGUCAAGAAUCCUGAAACCUGAUUUACUGUGAGGUGACAUGUUUCUUAAAGGCAUUUAUAAUCUCAUAUUCAAACUGGAUCAGGAUUUUAAGAGUAAAGGAAUUAAACUGAGGCAGAUUUAGGGCUUCCUGAUGUAAUGUUUCUGGUUAUCUUAAUGUGUGUUUGGACAUACAGCUAGUUACAAAGCUUGCAAUAAACAAAGUAGUAAUACUGAGGUUUUUAGCCAAAAUCCACUCAGCAAUGCCAAAGAAACACAUGGCUGCUCUGCUUUCUUAUUUCCAGGAUUCAGUCAAGAAUUAGACCAUAAGCCACUCAUAGACUGCAUACACCCAAAGAAAUCUUUAACGAAUAUACACAAAGCCUAACAGUAUUCACUCUUGCUUCUUUGAUAGCUUAAGCCAAUUAGCACUGAAGUAGUUUUUCUCAGAGGAUAACGGAUUUUAUUUUCUUGGGUCUAAUUAAUAUGCACCACAUAAGUCUUGAGAAUGACCACACAGGUGCCUAUGCUGUCAUAUGUCAUAUGCUAUAGUUCUGCAAGCUCAAGAUUAAUAUGCAAUUGUUAUUAUGAAUAAUUAUGCUGCAUUAAUGUUGAUAGUGGUCUUUUGUUCUAAUUAAAGUGCAAACUUGGCAUCUGUGUAGAACUUCACUGAAGAAGUUGAGUCAGAGUUCCUAUUUUAAUGGACUACAUAUAUUUUUCAAUCAAAAUGUAUAAUUAUUUAAUUAUAUCUGCUCUUCAGUAAUUAUAACUUUAUAGAUCCUUCAAGGGAUUGUAUUCACUGUGGCCAUGCAGAUGGUUAAUACCUGGAUUUCACCUUUGGGAUUUCUUAGCCAUUUAAGAAUGUCUUUUCAGUACAUACAGUAGAAUUUUAUUAAUAUUAAUAAUAGUGCUUUUAUUUGGUUUCAUAUGCUAUGGAUGGACCUUACUCUGAAAGUCAGAACAAAACACGACUAAUUUAUAAGGAUGAUUUUCCCUCUUUAUAUAUAGAGAGCUAAAUAUAUAAACAAACAAAAUAUUUCAUUAUACCAUUGCAGCUUGUUUGCAAGAAGCAAAAUACCCAGAUGGUUAAGUGUAGCUCAUAUAAUUAUAUUCCAAGGAUGUUAUAAAUAAUUCCAUUUAGUGGCUAAGCCAGACUCUAUUAGGUGAUUGAGUAUGUACAUUGCAAACAGAAGGGCUUAGUGGCAAAUAUAUCACACACAUUUUAACUUUCUAUUUAAAAAAAAUUGUGUCCAGAUUAAAAAAGCUUCCUAGAGCACUCUGAAAUUUUAAUUUGUUUUUAUAGACAUCCAGUAAAUUGUUUGGCAUUUUGAUAAUCCUUUUCUAUGUGGGGUUCCAAUGUUCAUAUAUACAGGUGUUUAGUAUUUUUAGCUUUUUAAGUUGUGUUUGUAAUGCAACAACCCUUAAAUUG